AUGGCUUUUGAUCUUUCUCAAGUGCAUGAGUGGGGCUGGGCCAUGGCCCCGGGCGGCGCCGCCACGCUCGCGGUGAGCGCCGCGGUGGGGGCGCCCGCUGCCUGGGCCGGGCUGCGCUGGGCAACGAGCUGGCUGGCGGCGCUGGUUGCCGCCUCGACCAGCUGCCCGUCCUGCGUGUGCCACGCGCCGCAGUGGCCCCCGCCCGCGCCGUCGGCGCCGCCUCCGCCGCCAGCGCCAAGCGCCGGCGCGGUGGCCGCGGCCGUGGCGCAGAAGCUCGGGCCCUGGCUGGCGGCGAACUCCUCGCCGGCGCCAGCCACCUGCCCCUCGGCCGACGAGGUGGCCGCGGCGCUGCUGGAGCGGCUGCCGCCCCUGGGGCCUGAGGGGGCCCGUGCGGCGCCGUCCGCGCCCGAGGCAGGCCCAGCCGUGGGCGAGGGCUGUCCCUUCGCCUUCAUCUUGGCGUGGGGGGUCGCCUGCGGGGAGGCGGUGAUCUUGCGAGUGCUGCUCCACCUCGCGGGGUGCAUGUACUGGUGGGUGCUGACGCCGGGCGGCGACCGGUGCGCCGAGGACGUGUCGGGUGCGGUCGGCGACGGCUGCAACAGGGCCUUCACCGUCGCGCUGGAUGGCACGGCGCCCGCCUUGGCCCAUGGCGCGUCCUACCGGUUCGCGCAGCCGCUGACCUGGGAGGAGCUGCGCGCCGCCGUGCUCAGGUCGAGGACUGAUCCGCAGGUGCACGUUGGUGACGAGCCGCUGGUUGAUCCCGAGGAGAUCCAUCUUCGUCUGGGAACCGAGGUGGCGCUGGAGUCUGGCGGUGUCAGGCUGGACGACGACCACGCAAUGGUGAGGGAGGUCGGCGUUUGGCAGCUCGUGGAGGCAAUCCCCGUCGACGCGGCGGACACCUUCAGAGACAGGCGCCCGAGGGAGCUGCUCGGGCUGGUGGAGAGGGCGGCUUCGGUCGAUGACGCGAGGACUCUGUGGGUUCAGCACGACGAGCAGGGAGACCGCCACAGGCCGUGGCGCGAGGUCGCCCGCGAGACCAAGAAGUACACGUUCGAGGACUUGCCGCUUGAGGGCGGCCUCAGCACGGUGGAGCACACGGCGAAGCGCUGGGAGCAGAGCUGCGGCCCCCCUCUGCUCCGGUUGGACCUGCGGGCGCGGGGCCGCCAGCUGAGCCAGACGGACCGCAGCUACAUCGAGAUGAAGUGCCUGCUCACUUCGAUCUUCUACGCGGGAAGCUACUACCAGGUCAACCUACCCAGCAUGGCCAGCAUUGAAGUGUUGUGUCUUCGUGUGUCGCAGAUCGUCGAGGCCCACUCGGGCGCCCCCCUCAAGCCCCCGAUGUGGGACGGGCUGCGGCACUACAUGGGCGUGGCAGGCCCGAUGGACAUGAUGGACCCAGCCUUGAGGACCGCAUUCUUCCGCCGCAACAAGGAGGAGAUGGAGCGGGAGAGCUGGAAGAGCCGGGCUGCCGGGCCCCCUGCGCCCCGCCCCCUGGCGCUGGAGGCCGGCGAGGGGCUGUCGCUGAGCGACCAUGAGGGGGACCGGCCGCAGCUCCAGGGCCGUGGGGCUGCUCAGCUCGCCAGGCGAGCCUGCCAGGACUUCGACGAGGUCGUCGACGCCUUGAAUUGGUUGAUGAACCGCACCUCCACAUGCGACAGGCCGAAUUUUGACCAGAUGAAGGUGCACGCGCGGACCCUGGAAUGCGUGGCUGAGCGCAUGCCGCCGAUGGAGACCGCGAUCCCUUCCCCGCGAGCGGCCUUUUCUGAGCUGCUGCACGGCCGCAGUGUCUACGACGAGUCGGGGCUCGCCGGCAUCGAGGUGGAGGGCGUAGAGUGCGGUGGCCAGCCGGACCUCGGUUUCACGCUGGGCACCUCCGACAUCAGCGACGCCUUUCAUCGGUUCAGGAUCGACCGUGGGCUCUCCUCCUAUUUCUGCCUCCGCCCCGUGACAGCGCAGGAGAUCGGGGUGACCGGCAGGGCCGUCGGGGACAGUGCGGCGCCUCCCGACCGCCGCCUGGUGCCAGCCUGUGCCGCCCUGCCGAUGGGGUUCACCUGGUCGCUCUAUUUCUGCCAGGAGGUGGGCGAGGCCGUCAUGGACGCCACGCCCGGACUAGAGCGGGCCCACCGCAUGAGCGACCGGGGCCCGACGACAGUGCUUCGGCCGUCGGCCCAGCUGGCCGAGGGAGGAGGCGCUCAGUAUACGCACGUCGACAACCACGGGGUGAUGGGCUUCGACGGCGCAGAGGUGUCCUCGAGCCUUGCCGCCGCCACCACGAGGUUCGACGCCGCGGGCCCGAGGGCGCACGAGACGGACAUUCAGAGGGGCCGCGGCGUGACGCUGGGUUGCGUGCUGGACGGAGUCUCGCUGACCACCAGGCUCACGGCGAAACGCUACUGGCGGGUGCGACAAGGUGUCUCGCGGGCCCUGAGCUGCAGAGCCCUGCCAGGCUGGACAUGGGAGAUCGUCCUCGGUCACUGCACUUACUGCGCCAUGUGCAACCGCGACCUCCUCCCGGUCUUCAACGCGAUGUACAAGUUCAUAGCGGUCCACUACCAGGAGGCCGCGCCGCUCUGGCCCACGGCGCGGGCCGAGAUGGUCGCCUUCCAGGGCCUGAUGCCCUUGCUGCGCGGCGACUGGGCGCUCCCGCGGUGCCCGCUGGUCUGCCUCUCCGACGCGUCGGAGCACGGCUACGCGGUGAGCGCCUCGCUGUUCGAGCCGGCCGCUGUGAAGGAGAUCGGGCGGGUGCAGGAGCGAUCCCGUUUCCGCCGCCUGGGCGGCCAUUCCGCUCGGGCCCACUUCUUCGCCAGCAACGGCAUCGUGAUGACCAGUGCCGGGACGUUCAAAGAUGCUGCCGAUCUUGGUGAGCAUGACGAGGUUGCGCCCCAGACCCAGCGGGGGCUUGACAGAACUUUCAAAGAGAUGGCAGCGGAGAUCUUCUCAGGGUCCCGCUGGACUGAGAUAGUCGCCCGUGGGUGGCUUAAUACUUCGGAGGACAUUCUGGUCUACGAAUCACGUGCCCUCUUGCGAGCUGUAGAGAUAUUGUGCAGCCUGUCACCGCGAGAGGGCGAGCAUGCCGUCGUGAGCGACAACCUGCCCGCCGUGCUCUGCUUUGAGAGGAGGAGAGCAAAAAACUUUACUGUCCUCGCAUGCAUUCGUCGGGCUGUCGCCCUGUGCCUCUCCCUCAACAAGCGCCUGCACGUGAGAUGGGUCCCGAACGAGCUCAACCCGAGUGACGAGGGCUCUAGGCUGUGCGACCCGAGCUACGACCCCGGUAAGACCCUGGUGCACACUUGGGAGGCCCUCGACGAGCUCACCGAGACCCCCGGCACUCUAGACCCUCAGGACCUCCACGAGCCCCAGAGGAGCCAGCCUGCCGCCGUCGCCACCUCGGCUCCCGAGAGCGUCCCUGCGGGGGAGCCCCGGCGACCCGCCGCGGCGGUAGGCGAUCAGGGGCACUGUCGCCGCCUGGCAACGCCGCUGCCGGCAGGAGGCAGCGCGCCCGCGCAUGCCGCGCCCGAGCCGCUUGCGAAGCACUCGCAAGUGUUGUCGCCCGGGCCGGAGGGCCUGCCGAGCGGGCCACAGGCGCCAGCCAGCCAGACGCGGGCGCUGGGAGCGCCCCGGGACGGCGCGCGGCAGCGGCUCACCCUGGCCCCGCCCGCCUCAAGGGCCGCGGCGCGCGACCUAGAGGCGAACUGCAGCCCGACGGGCGACAGCGGGGGCAGCGACGCCACGACCGUGGCCAACGAGUCAGAGGCAGCUCGCACCCGUCAGCUCCGCCAGACGGCUCGGCACCACGCUCGGGCUGUCGCCCAGGCCAAGGCGCCGCCCAGUCUGGCGGGGCUCACGCUGCUGGAGCGCUCGGCGGUGAGGCUGGGCACAGAGGCGCAAUACCAGGUAGAGCUCAAGACCUUCAUCGACGCCGUCAAGGAGCGCCAGCUCGUCGUGGACAGCGAGGUGGACGAUGUGCUCGUGCACUACAUGAACGGGCUAUACGAGCCGGGCCAUCACUCGAACAAGGGCGACGUGCUGCUGUCGGCCUUGCUGCACUUCCAGCCCGAGUAUGGCAAGCUGGGGA